CGCGGCAGUGUUGUGGGGGCGCUCGACAGCGCGCACGUGCAUCCUAGCCCCGCGCCGCGCCGCCCUCUGCGAUCCCGACAUACGCGCCACAAACUCGCGCCGAUAACUAUGGAACUAACUCACAAGUCCCGUGCAAAAGUUCCAACAAAACUAAUCACAAAAAAAACGUGCAAGUGAUUUUAAUUGUUUCCCCUCUCGCACUACUUUGAGACGCCGAAACUUUGCGACUAACUGAUGGAAACGUGCGAGGGUCAAGCGUGAUAAUGUACGUGUACGAGUUACGAACUAUCCGGUAUUAAGUGCCAUUGAUCACUAUUCAGACAGUACCAGUGCCAUUCGUGCUCCAGUGACAGUGCGGUGCUCGACCAGUUAGCAAUAGCACCUGGGAUAUUGCUGACUGUUCAUCUUCGGGAAUUAAGUGGCACGGUUUGCAUCAAGUGACGUCUCAUCGUAUGCAUUAAGUGACGAUUGAAUAGUUUGCAUCAAGUGACGAUUGGGAGGUGUACUUUGUAGUCAAGGGCCGUGUCUGCAUAGUGGACAAGUGUGAUAUGUGACAGGGUACGAACUGCUGGUGGAAUGGAGACCGGAACCAGAGGGAGCCGCAUCUUCGUGGCUUUCUUUGCUACUGUCUUCUGGGGAAUGGGCGUCCGAGGCCUCCACAACCUGGAGAUCAACGUACCGACGGCGGUCCUUGUAGGGGAGACAGUGACCUUGGAGUGUAGCUGGCAGCUGGAAGACGAAGAAGCUCUGUACAGCGUCAAGUGGUACAGAGGUCGCGAAGAGUUCUACCGAUACAUCCCUAAAGAACUCCCUCACACGAGAGUGUUCCCUCUACCCGGAAUAGAAGUGGAUAUAUCCCGGUCAGGCGCUCGUCGUGUGGUCCUGCAGCAGGCGACGCCUGCUAUGGCCGGCAGAUUCCGCUGCGAGGUGUCUGCUGACGCGCCCACCUUCCACACCGAGAUAAGAUCCGCACCGCUAGAGGUCGUUGAGCCACCAGAGUGGGCCCCGAAGUUGGUGUCGGACCGGUCAUGGUACGGUGUGGGAUCUACACUGCGCGCAACCUGCGCCUCGCCGCCCGCGCACCCCGCAGCUAACCUCACCUUCGCGCUUAAUGGACGAGAGAUUGAUAUGGACUCGUUUGGGCAUGUUCUACCGGAUUGGUUUAAGUGGGAUCCACCGCCGAAAGCAGACACCACUACGACAGAGUCGCCGGAAGACGAGAGCUUCAAUAUAUUUCAUGACGAUAGCAACAUUCAAUAUCUGGACGAGUCGUAUAUAAAUAUACACAAAGAAGAGAUACGGAGGCCUCGGAAGGAGAGUUUGAAGCCGGUAUACGAGCGGAGUGGGCCGGACAAUCGACUUCCAUCAGUGGGUGAGGUAACGUUCGUGGUCCGCACCGAGGCCUUCGACCGCGGCAGCCUGCGCCUCACCUGCAUAGCCAGCAUAUACAACCUGCAUGCCUCCCGGGCUGAACUUAUCUUCGACAUGGAGCAACCCGAAGUCGCAUCCGUAUUAGGAGUUCGAAAUAGUGCCGUAGAUUCGACUUUCUUCAAUAUUUGGAGAAUAUCAAUCCUCCUCGUGCCACUUUUAUACAACAUCCGGUAGUUUAUUCAGAUAUAAAAUUAUAUUUUAAGUACAAAUUUAAUUUUAAGAAAAAAACCGAGUUUUAUAUAAAAUGCGAGUCUCAUUUUGUACAAAUUCAUUGAACAUAUCUAAUUGAAUGAAUUUUAUCUUCCGUAUUUCGUCACAAAAAUCUUUUACGUAUAUCAUGUAUAGUUUUAUAGAAAAUUAUCCAUACUUAUUAGUUGUAGGUCAAACUGGCCAAAAUGUAGAUUGUAAUUGUAAAUGAAGACAAACAUUAAUAUAAAAUAAUAUUAAGUAUAAUGAGAAAUAAUUAUUUAAUGAUAAAUGUGAUAAGUAAAACUCGUCUUAUUUACAAAAAUAAAUACUAUUGUGGAUAAAAUGGAUCUAUUUGUGAAAUAUGUUCCAUUCAGGAAACUAUCUGCCCUUCAUUGGUAGGUGAAAUAAUUUUGUUAGUGAUGACUAAGUUUGUAGGUUAGUGCAAACAUAGUAAUCUUAUAAAAGACUGACGAAUAAUUUAUUAUGCCUAGAUCCUACUGAGGAGAAUCCUUUGUUAAUAUAAUAAUUAUAUAUCUAAUUUUGGUUUCAAAUCUUUAUCGAUAAUAACAAAAUUACGUCAAAUGUUACUUAUUAAUAUUAUUGGAAAGAUCCGAUUACUACACUGUCGAAAAUUUGGUUGUUAAGUAUUUUGUAAAUAGUCUACAGAUCUAUGUAGUUUAAGUUAUACGAAGAAAAUAGAGUAAAAUAAAGUGAUGUUGAAAUUU